GUGUUGGGAGUUGGUGGCGUGAUACAGGUCUCUUAGGAACGAACGGCUCGGGCGCGGACUGGUUUCCGGGGACUGGGGCGUGCAGGGUCCGCCAUGGAGCCAGAACAGAUGCUGGAAGGACAGACGCAGGUUGCGGAAAAUCCUCAUUCUGAGUACGGUCUUACAGACAACGUCGAGAGGAUAGUAGAAAAUGAGAAGAUUAAUGCAGAAAAGACAUCUAAACAGAAGGUGGACCUCCAGUCUUUGCCAACUCGUGCAUACCUGGAUCAGACAGUUGUGCCUAUCUUAUUACAGGGACUUGCUGUGCUUGCAAAGGAGAGACCACCAAACCCCAUUGAAUUUCUAGCAUCGUAUCUUUUAAAAAACAAGGCACAGUUUGAAGAUCGAAACUGACCUAUUGGGAAGAACAGAAAAAUUGUUUGCUACUUUAGAUUUACAUGAUUAAGAGGCAGUUUUAAUUGCCAUGAUUUCUCCCCUCUCUUUUGGAAAUCUGAGAACCUUCAGGACCACACAACUUAAAUUCCAGAGUUGCCGAAGAGAACUUAUUUCCCUUAUUUUGAUUUAAUCACUAUACUUAUUUAAUGAGUGUAUUCUGUGCAAUUUUUCCUCAGAUUGUCUUUAACUUUUGUUUUUAAAAUGACCAUCGAAAUAAAUAGUCAAAAUGCCA